AUGUCUUACAGACGUUCGAAAAAUAGUAACUCGACCGUUUUCUCAACCUUUCCUUCAAAACGUAACAGAAAUAAAUUUGGAUUAUGUCCAACGUGUAAAAGUUCACGUCCUUCUGCUCAUGACAUAUAUCAAACUUUACAUACCUGGUAUUGGAAUUUGAAAGAUGGUGACGGUAACGCGGUAACUAAAUCAUUUAUAAAUGCGGACAGUAAUGAUUUUCAGUCUUCAACCCCGGCUUCGAGCAGACCUGUAACUCAAACGCAUCCGCUAGCAGUUUAUACAAGUCGUUUAUUGAAUUUCCACGAUCUGCCUGAACCAGUAAAUGCUCUACAUACGACUGGACGACGAAUUCCAAUUACAAGUUCAGUUGGCAUUGUCUCAAACGAUAGUUUAGAAGAAUAUCGAACGCGUCAACUUGAUGAUGAGCUUUCAUUUGAAAAUUGUUUUUCUGAUAGAAUUGAAACAGUAACAUUAUCCGAAGUUACGGUCGUAUCUGAAAAGGAAGAACAAUAUGUUUCGCGUCAAGUUAAUGGGGUAUUUCCUUGUGAAGAUAGAUAA